AUGGAUAAUGAAUUGGAAUUGGCGAGGCAGAAGCUUGGUCUUGUUUCGCUGGGAGAAUCGUCAACCUAUCGAUUAUAUUCCAAGGGUUUGGUGAGUGAAGAGUUUAUUAAGGAUGAUACGAAGCUGGUCGGUGGUUCAGGCCUGUCUCUCUGUGACUCCAACGAUAACUCGAAGAAAUUGGAGACCAACAAAGCUCUGAGAAACCACCGAGUCCUGGCUGCGCACCCUGAAGCUACGGAAUUGGCUGCCAUAAUUCAAGGGAUGAGUUGGGCGUUGAAACUUGGUGUUAAAAGCAUCCAAUUCUUCUGUGACGACGAUUCCAUCAUCUUGGAUUACCAGGUAACAGGUAAAGCUGCACCACCGAACGAGUCCAUUGUCGUAGCAAAACUUUUGAAGCAAGUGGCUCCUCUUCAGGCAAGAUUCACGUCUUGCCAGGCACUCCCUCUGCGCACAGACAUCAAUUCUUCUCUCAUUAAGCUCGCAAGAGAUGCCAUUGCUUCCCAAACCACAUGGCGUGAAGGUGACAAUGAGUAUGAGACUUGUCCAGCCUGCUAUGCACACGUUUCACCUCGUCACAAACUUGAGGUGAGGAGCGGUUGCUUCCACCGCAUCUGCUUUACGUGCAUAAGGGACUGUGUCUCAUCCCAACUAGCACGAGGAGACACCCUACUCUGCCCUUACCCGGGUUGCGAGAAAGAACUUGUGCUAGAGGAUUGUAGAGGUAUUGUUGAUGAUGAUGCUCUUAAUCUUAUCAUCCACCGCAAGAAGGAGAAGGCCAUCCCCGUUUUAGACAGAGUCUACUGUCCCAAGCCUUGUUGUAACUUUUUGAUGUCCGACCGCGACCUCCCACUCGGCUUCUCCAUUGAUCCUCGGCAAAAGUCAGUAGCACGCACGUGCGUCGAGUGCGGCUUGUGUUUCUGCAAAAAGUGCCAUGUUCCAUGGCACUACAAGAAGACGUGCGAUGAGUUCAAGAAGUCCCAGUCUUACCUGACAUCUGACGCUGCGCUUUUCGAGUCUUUAGUGAAGACAGAGGGAUGGAUGAAGUGUCCCCAGUGUGCCACCGUCGUUCAAAAAAAUGGCGGGUGCCAACGCAUUAGCUGCAGACAUUGCAACCACAAGUUCUGUUACGCAUGUGGGGCUGCGUGUACAAGGAAGAAAAUGUCAUGCAACUGCAGCCCACAAGACUAGGCUUCUAACGUGCUGAAGGGCCUGAUAUGCCAAUCUUCUCUUCAAAUAAA